AUGGACGUUGAAGCCGAGAGCCGAAAGGAAAGAUGGAAGGCUGGCGAAGGUAAUUUAGAUUAUUCGAAAUCCAAGGGGCAAGUUAAGCCGGCUGUGAUCAAAAUGGCUCUGGAUUCUGAUCCCUGGUGA